AUGUCUACCGGAAGAACCGCCUCUGAGUACACGGUAGGCUGGAUAUGCGCUCUCCCCCUCGAAAUGGCCGCCGCAAAGGCCAUGCUCGACGAAAUCCACCCCAAACUACCGCAAGCAUCCAACGAUCAAAACUCGUAUUGCCUGGGCUCCAUAAACGGACACAACAUCGCCAUUGCGUGUCUGCCAUCUGGUGUUCACGGAACCACCUCUGCGGCAACCGUUGCGUCAAGUAUGCUACACACUUUCCCAUCUAUUAGGUUUGGAUUGAUGGUUGGUAUUGGUGGCGGUGUGCCUGGUAGGUAUAGUGAUAAGAACGAUCCUAUUCGACUGGGUGAUAUUGUCGUAAGCAAGCCGACGAAUAGUUCCGGGGGUGUACUGCAAUACGAUCUGGGCAAGAGUAUGGGUAAUGGACUGUUUCAACGGACUGGAUCGUUAAAUAAACCGCCCCAGGUUCUCUUAACAGCCGUAUCGGAGCUGCAGGCUGAUCAUUUGAUGGGGCUGACUCAAAUCCCUACUUUCCUGUCGCAGAUUGCGCAAAAGUAUCCUUCCAUGAAGUCAUUUUCCUUUCCGGGCCAGGCGUUUGAUGAGCUGUUUGACGCGGAUUAUGAGCAUGUCUCUACGGGAUCUGCAUGUCAGAAUUGCGAUAAACAGCGACUGGUCGCUCAACCGCAACGCAAAACAACAGAACCACGCGUGCACUACGGCAUUAUCGCAUCGGGGAACCAGCUUAUCAGAAACGCGAAGAUGAGAGAUAUCCUUGCGCAGGAAGAUCCGGGUAUUCUCUGUUUUGAGAUGGAGGCAGCCGGGUUAAUGGAUCAGUUCCCAUGCCUGGUCAUACGAGGUAUAAGCGAUUAUACUGACUCACACAAGUCGGAUGUGUGGCAACCCUACGCAGCCUCUGUGGCAGCCGCAUACGCAAAGGAGUUGCUUUCCGUCAUUUCGGCGCGACAGAUUUGGAAAGCGACUCCUGCCCAGGAGACCAUUUCGACGCAGCCGCCUCAGGCGCAACAGAAUCCGUUGCUUCAGUUGGCGGGUAUGAGUGUCUUGGGUCCUAGUACGCCUCUCCACGAGGCUAUAUCAAGAGGUCAGAAGGAUCUUGUUAAAGAUCUACUCGAAAAAGGGGUGCCAAACAUUAAUGCUCAAGACAGUAGAGGGUAUACCCCGUUACAUACAGCGAUUGAGCAGGACGAUCUAGAGUCUGCCAAAGCGCUCAUUGACAAAGGCGCAUCAACUUCGCGAUCAAACGUCAUGGUUCAACCCGUACUCAAAUAUGCUGUGGCUUUGGGAAACGAGGAUAUGGUCAGACUAUUGCUCGAUAAUGGAGCGCAUGUCGACGAGAGAGAUGCGAUAGGAUAUACACCUCUGGUCUCCGCUGCAGCAACCGGUAAUGAGACACUCUUGAAGCUUCUUAUCGAGCGGGGGGCGGACCUCAAUGCCCGAGGCGCUACGAGGGGGUCCACGGCCAUGCAUCAAGCUGCGCAAUCGGGACAUGCGGGGAUCGUGAGGUUGUUGUUGAGAGCUGGGGCAAAGCCUGAUGUUCGUAAUCUUAGCGGGCGGACGCCAUUGCAGAUUGCUACGGGACUGCGGAAGGAGAAUGUGAAGAAGGUCUUUGCUGAGGAGGGUGUUGUUAGGUGA